AUGGCGUCUGAUACCGAAAUGACCGAAGCCUUGCCCGUGGACACCCUGCCUCAACCCAGUGGUCGCAUGCAUAUGUCCUCUCUCUCCUCUUCCUCCUCUAUAUCCGACGCCGACAGUGACCGCCGAGGUCGCCCCGAACGCCCGCGCAUGGCGAGUCGUAAACCCAGUGCAUCAAUACUGGUUCCCCGAGAUCACCCUGAAAUAGAAAUUGAAGAAGAGGAAUUCCCUCCUGACGACGCUCGUGCAAUGAGUCCACGCCGCAAUUCUGCCGACCUCGAACGAUUGGGCAAGGAAGCUCGGCAAACUCUUCAAGAGCAAGCCAAGGCUCUCCAAUCUUCUCUUCAAGCCCUCGCAGAGCGAAUCGACGCCGUCAAGUCCGAUCACGAUAAGUUGGAAAAAGACAACAAAAUUCUACAAGACUACAUCGGCGGUCUCACUCGCAACAUGACUAAGAGCGAAAUGACGCGGAGUACGAAAGCGCGUAAAGCGCAGAAAUAG